AUGGACUUUUUUGUGUUGUUUUGCAUGCGGACGUUGCAAAAAAAGAAAGAAUUUUAUGCGUCACCAAAAUUUUAUGCGAAUGACACUGAAUUCGCGUCCAGUUUGCCAAGUCUGUUGACAGAGAGAGGCGUGGGCGGCACAGACGGCGACACAUCGGGAAGGGUACGACAUUUUGUGGUACGACAUUGGAAGCCGAAUGCCCUGCGAGCGGCAUUGCGUAACGACGGCUGUACGGCGUUGGAUGCCGACGCGUCGACGGAACUUGGUUUAUGCCCUGGCGGUGCAACGUUUACGGUGUGGAAUUGUGUGCAACUUAUU